AGGCUCUCUUUCAAAUCUCUUUCCUCCUCUGUGUCAUAUCAGACGUACUACAGGCAGCUGCUCUUAAGGCCAAAGGAACACUUCAGUAGCCGAGGCGGAGAGCAGACAUCGCAGACUUGAGUUGAACGUUCGUCAACGUAAGCCAAAGGAGACGUGCAAUUCUUAGCAUUUCGGGUAUACGUUGAAACUGUAAACGAAAUAAUAUUUUUCCAGGUUAAUUUUUAAUCGCCAAACGGCCCACGCACUUUGAAAGAUGAAGGUAAUUCCGUUCCUGGAUCCUUCGGAACUUUACCGGCCGGAGCACAAGAAAAAGGAGGACUUCAGAAACUUCACGACGGACAUGGACGAUCCGAUUCAACGAAGGGUGCUCGAGAUCUACAAGAAGAUGCACACUUUCCAGACUGUGGACUUUGUUCGGGAAAGGAUGGCAGAGUGGACCCAGUUCAACAAGGCCGCGAUGCCGGUCAUGGAGGCGCUGCGUCUGCUCAACAGCCUGGUGGACGAGAGCGACCCCGACGUGGACGUCCCGAACAUUGUGCACGCCUUUCAGACGGCCGAGAAGAUUCGGGAGGCCCACCCGAAGGCCGACUGGUUCCACCUGACGGGUCUGAUCCACGACCUGGGCAAGAUGAUGGCCUUUUUCGGAGAGCCGCAGUGGGCGGUCGUCGGGGACACCUUCCCCGUGGGUUGCGCCUACCAGGACUCCAUCGUGUACAGGGACACGAGCUUCGUGGACAACCCGGACCUCGGAGACAACCGCUACAACACCAAGCUCGGAAUCUACGCGCCCAACUGCGGACUCGAGAAGGUCUUAAUGUCCUGGGGCCACGACGAGUUCAUGUACCAGGUGCUGAAGAACCACGGAACCACGCUCCCGGACGAGGCCCUGUACAUGAUCCGCUUUCACUCCUUCUACCCUUGGCACUCUGGAGGCGACUACCAGUACCUCUGUAACAGCAAGGACCUCAAAAUGCUACCAUGGGUUAGGGAGUUCAACAAAUUCGACCUGUACUCAAAGUCAGAAGAGGUACCGGACAUCUGUGCCCUGACCCCUUACUACCAGUCGCUCAUCGACAAGUACGUGCCAGGCAUUGUGCACUGGUGAAGCGGUGACCAAGCGAAGGCGGUGUUGCGCUCCAUUCUGUACAUAGGCUGUACACGUCUAACCUUUUUAGCUUUUAUCUCGGUGUUUUCAAACACUCACAGAGCGUUUUACCUUGACAUGAUCGCACAAUAAACGGACGUCAUUUCUGUGAUGUGCCUACUAGCAUGGUAUAUCGCUACCACCUAAAUACACUGACGUUCUUUUUAA